AUUCCUUGCAUAUAUAACCUAGUCUAGAUAUUAAAACUAACAACUAUUUGCUGCAAGCAACAUGGUAUUAGAAGAUUGUCAAGUUGUUUUUAAUAAUUAUAAGGGAUAUUUUUAUUCUGGUGAUAUCGUAACGGGAUCUGUAAUUUUUGGAUUAAAACACAGUGGCGUGGUAAAAGGACUAGUGUUAAAUGUUAAAGGAACAAGUAAAGCUAGAUGGACACGUCCAAUGCCUACAAUGCCACAUAUAAAAGUCUAUUCGGAAAAAAUUGAAGUACUUCGACUCGAUAUAUCGAUUGAUACUCAGGUAAACACUUUGGUAUCAAAAAGUUUAAGUAUCCCCUUCCAUUUUAUUCUUCCACGUAAUAUUCCAUCGAGUUUUCAAGAUUCUAUAGCUAAAACACAUUAUCGUGUUAUAAUAAAAACUACCAAAAUAUGUAAAAUAAUGCAAAAACGGGUAUUUCCAUUUAUUGUCGUUGCGCAUUUAAACCUUAAUCAUUGCGAGUAUACGUUUUAUAAUGAGAAAUACCUCUAUGAACUUAGCAAGAGUUUUGGUAAAUGUAAACAGUAUCAGUUAAGAAUAAAAACAUAUAAUGGUAUUGGAUCUAAUCAACGAGCUAUACCAUUUGAAGCAUAUAUAACUAAUGAAAAAAGAAUAAAAGUCUCGAAAAUUGUUAUUUCCCUCCUGCAGAAAUUAGAAUACACAGUGACGUCAGGUUAUUACAAUGCUGAAAAGAAAAUACAUGAAUUUUUUUUAAAGGAUUUCAAAAACGACUUGGAAGAAACAUGCAAACUUUUAAUAGAUAUACCACCGGUUGUACCGUCUACAAUAAAUCUGGAACGUACAUUGAUAAAAAUCUCUUAUGUUUACAAGGUAAUAACAGUUUUUUUUCGAUUUCAUUUUAGUAUGACUAUGGAAAUUCCUGUGGUUAUUGGAUCAACACCUGUAAUUUUUACAAAAUAAGACAUUUUAAUUAAGGACAAGUUUAACAUAAUUCUAACUACUAAACAAAAUUGAGAACGGUGUGCAUCUGACAUUUUCAGUGUUCUGAUGUUUAUAUAUAACUGUACUUAUAAAUGAUGUAUUUCUGUAAUAAUUAAUUUCUUAUCGAUCUUAGCCACUGGGGCUUUUGGCCCAUCCAGUCAUACCCUAGGUUUGGCGAGGACCCUUUUGUAUGGUAAAGCUGGGAUUCGAAUUCUCGAACUCGGACAGCGAGUUGUUAGAAUAACAUUGUUAUAUUAUCGUGUUAAAACUAAUGCAGUAUGAUUUAAUAAAAAAAAUAUAAUUUAAA